AUGGUAAUUAAAUACAGUCCUUGUAUAAGGUUGAACCGUUUCAUAGGAUCAGUUGCGUGAGGAUCUUGGAUCAAGAUGUUUGUGAAUUUUAUAGUGAUUUUUGCUGUGUUAGGUCUAGUGAGGUCAAGUGCAGUACCCAUAACAAAAUGUAAAUCGGACGACUCAGAAUGCAUAAAGAAGAACACAGAAGUGCUAGUUCCUCUAUUUACUGCCGGCAUCCCUGAGCUAGGCAUCGAGCAACUAGACCCCGUGACCUUCAAGAAGAUAGAUUCGAGCAACAACUUCUUGAACCUAGUCUUCAAGGACAUUACUGUCAAGGGACUUAGCUCCUGCAGAUUCAAGUCUAUUAAAAACAACAAAGCCAAGCAUGUGAUAAAUGCUAGGAUCCACUGCGACGUAGUCCUAGAUGGCCAGUACACAAUGAAGGGCACAGUCUUCCUACUCCCUGUCACUGGCGAUGGAAAAGCGCACAUUGAACACAAGAAAAUCGAGAUUAACUUCGACUUGAACUACGAAGAAGAGACCGGUGCUGAUGGCAAGCAACAUUGGAAGACCGGCCAGUGGGUGCACGACUUCAAGUAUUUGGGGAAAAACGUAUUGGAGUUUGACAACUUGUUCGGUGGAAACGAAGUUUUGGCUCAAGCUACAAAAGAACUGAUGAAGAACAACCCCAAAGAGCUAGCAGAGCUGAUGGCCGCACCCGUCGUCAAAACCAUCGUUGCAAGGAUUAUCAAGAACCUCAAGAUCUUCUUUGAUGCGAUACCCGUGGAAGAGUUUGCCCUGGAUUAGAGAAAUGGUUGUACGUUGUUGGUUAUGAAUAAAGACGAUUUUAAAUAACA